UGUUUGCUGUUAGUUUUGUUUGCCUGAUUUCAUUUUGAUUUUGGGGAAAUGGUAACGUAAAUAUGCAAUUAGAGUUAUAAAACAGUAUAGUUUAGGCAUAACUUAGAGUCGAACUAAGCAGGCAAAAUCAAAAACAUAAAUACGAGUGACAAUUUUAUAUUUUUUUAAUGUGGAAAAUAUCUUUAUUUCUUAUCCUAAUUGGCACCACCUUGUCUGGCUGCCAGCCAAAUUCAUUUCUUAAUGAAAUGGAAUGUGCAGAUUGUAGUGAAGUUAACAAAAAAUGUAUGGUCUACCAAUCCGGAUGGAGUUGCAAUUAUGAAUUUGAUGAGAAACGACUUAUGAAUUCGUCAGAGGCCCUUGGGGCAUCUCAUUUGGGUGUGUGCUUGCCGAAAGGUGUAGGUUUCGCCAAGGAAAAGGCAAUUUUUGGGUUUUGCUGCUUUUGGUCGCCAGAAAUGGGCUGCCAAAAAUUGAGGCGAAAAGCAAUUGAGAUUGGGAGUGGGGGUCACGAUGAAUGCUAUCAAUGUUCCCGGAGCACCUGGUCGUCACUGAUGGACAGUGAAACCUGUCCAUGUGGAAAGUGGUUAUUUGACUUCACAUUGGACAAAGCAUCUAGUCUUAAAGGCCAUCGACUCACAGAGCAGAUACUCAAAGUCCUAUUUUUUCUGCUGCUUAGAUUUCAUCAAUCUUGUUAACUCCGUCCCACUUUAAUUUCCAAAAUUUGUACUCGUAAAUUUUCAUUGAACCCUUUCUAAAUAUAAACAAAUUGUUUGAA